UUAGUUUAGGAUGUAAACCAUCCCGAUUUAAUAUUUGGUAUAAGUUUUAAGACCAUCAUUUAUUUAAAAUGGAUCCUACAUAGUUAAGAAUGGUCGUCAUUCAUUUUUAUGGAGUUAGUGAAAAAAAUAGUAGGCAGAUUUUGAAAUCAAGGGAAAGGACUAGAGGCUCAAUCCAAUCCACCAACCGACACUACAGUUAAGGAGAGUCCCUUCGCUGUUUUUUUAAGCUGCUCAUACAAACCAUAUACUAUUCGUACAUUUUUCCUUUCUUUCUCUACUCACCUUUUCUCUUUCAGAUCACUCAAAGUAUACACUUUUUCCCCAGCUCCUUCAAGAUUCUCAUCCUAGAUCCCUUAAUUUCAGCACUGGAAGGACUCAAUUCUUUGUACCCCUUGGGGAUGAGGCCCUUCCCUGGAUCAUGCUAACGUGGGAUGCUUUUUACACCGGGCUUCCCUUCUAUUGUAGCAUCAAGAGGAGCUAAAAAUUACAAAAGAAAAAAGACUUCUUCUCUUUAACUGGUGCUGAAAGUCUAUAAACUCCAUCAUGAUGUCCAAAUCAUAAACUACUUUCGUGUUACACAAAGAUGAGGAAGAACAUCUACCUUCUAAACAUCUGUACAUAUUCAUAUUUCAUAUUUUGAUUGUGCAUAUGGAUCAUGAGACCGGUGAAUCAUUGGAUUCUGUGCAUUCACAUAAUAUUAAUUGCGAGCAUGGUGAUUUUGAAUGCAAUAUCUGUUUUGAAAUAGCUCAAGAUCCUAUUGUGACUCUUUGUGGCCACCUUUAUUGUUGGCCUUGUCUUUGUGAAUGGUUGCAAGUUCAUUCACAUUCCCAAGAAUGCCCAGUUUGUAAGGCUCUCAUAGAAGACCAGAAGUUAGUACCCAUAUAUGGUCGAGGCAAGGCAAGCUCUGACCCGAGAUCGUGCGUACGUCAAAGGAUGAACAUUCCUAACCGUCCAGUAUUUGGGCCAAGACCACAAACAGCUCCAGCACUAGAUAUGAACUAUUUCCAGCCCAAUGAGUUGGAUCUAACGGGGGGAUUUGUGCCUAUGUCCAGUGCAAGGUUUGGGAACUUGACAUUAUCUACUCUAUUCGGAGCUAUUCCAGCUUUUUUCAACCUUCAUGUGCAAGGAUUUCAUGAUGCUACUGUAUAUGGUGCUACCACAGGAGUUCCAUACAUCUUUUCUAGUUCAGUUCAUGGGGGUUAUGCUCAUGGAUUUCAUCAUUCAAUCCAUGUAGAUAGUACAAAGUUCUUCAUCAAGAUGUUUCUUUUGAUAGUUGGUUUCCUCUUAGUUGUUUCCUUAAUUUUGUAGAAUUCCACGAAUUAAGAUGUAGAAUUAUUAAUCAUGUGUGUAUAUCCUUAGAGUAGUACUUAUAUUCAUGUCUAGUAAAGCAAGGUUCUCAGUUA